AUGUCGGGAGCUGGAGACCGAGAGCCUGUCUUCCCCACGAGGCAGUCGUUGGGGAUUAUGAAGGCGAAGCUCAAAGGAGCAGAGACCGGUCACAACCUGUUAAAGCGCAAGAGCGAAGCCCUCACCAAACGAUUUCGAGAGAUCACCCGGCGGAUCGACGAGGCGAAGCGCAAGAUGGGCCGGGUCAUGCAGAUCGCGGCCUUCUCGCUGGCCGAGGUGACGUACGCCGUGGGCGGCGACAUCGGGUACCAGGUGCAGGAGUCGGCGCGGUCGGCGCGGUUCCGGCUGCGCACGAAGCAGGAGAACGUGUCGGGCGUGCUGCUGCCCGCCUUCGAGAGCUUCCUCACCGAGGGCAACAACGACUUCGGCCUCACCGGCCUCGGCAAGGGCGGCCAGCAGGUCCAGCGCUGCCGCGAGACCUACGCCCGCGCCGUCGAGACCCUCGUCGAGCUCGCCAGCCUCCAGACCGCCUUCGUCAUCCUCGACGAGGUCAUCAAGGUCGUCAACCGCAGAGUAAACGCCAUCGAACACGUCAUCAUACCGCGGACGGAAAACACCAUCAAAUACAUCAACUCGGAGCUCGACGAGCUCGACCGGGAGGAGUUCUACCGGCUGAAGAAGGUGGCCGGCAAGAAGCAGCGCGACACGGCCGCCGCCGACGCCGAGAUGAAGGCCCGCCGCGCCGAGCAGCUCGCCGCCCGCGACGCCCCGGACCGCGCCCGCGACGACGACGCCGCGCCCGCCGACAUACUGAAUACCGGCGAGGACGACGACGUCAUCUUCUGA